AUGGUUUCAUUAAUGAAGAACUUGGUUUAUUUUUUUCUGAUGUUUUCCCUUCUCCCUCUUACAAUUACAGCCCGAGAUAAUAAGACAUGCAAGUUUGACGCUAUAUACCAGUUUGGAGACUCCAUAUCUGAUGCUGGAAACUUGAUUCGCGAAGGUCCUGUUGGUGCAAGGUCUUAUGCUGCUCGGUAUCCUUAUGGAGAGUCAUUCUUCCGUAAAGCCACUGGUCGUUGUUCCGAUGGCCUUCUAAUGAUUGAUUACUUCUCUAUGGCUCUUGGUCUUCCACUUCUGAACCCCUAUUUGGAGAGUGGUGUUUCGUUUAGUCAGGGAGUCAAUUUUGCCGUAGCUGGAAGCACGGCACUACCUCCCUCAUUUUUCAGGGAGAGGAACAUUCAUGCUCCUUCUACUGAUAGUCAUCUUAAUGUGCAAUUGGAUUGGUUCCACAAACAUCUCAAUUCCUCCUGCCAUACACUUACUGAGUGUCGAAACAAGCUUCAACAUUCUCUUGUAUUCAUGGGAGAGAUCGGUGGGAAUGACUACAAUUACGCGUUUUUCCAAAAUAAACCCAUGGAAGAAAUUCAUACUUACGUGCCCCAUGUAGUCGGAGCUAUAACCCAUGGUGUUAUGAAAGUCAUCAGAGCUGGAGCUAGACACAUAGUUGUUCCUGGUAAUUUCCCAGUCAGAUGCAUACCGAUAUAUCUCUCUUCAUUCCAUAGCCAAAACAGAAGAGCAUAUGAUGACAUGGGAUGCUUAGUGGGUUUAAAUGAGUUUGCGAAUUAUCACAAUAAUUAUUUAAAGAGUGCGCUACAAAGGCUGAGGCAAGAGUUCCCUAAUGUUGUUAUAGUUUAUGGUGAUUAUUACAACGCAUUCCAAUCGGUCCUUCGUCGGUCUCGUUCCCUUGGUUUUGAUCCGUCUUCAGUGUUGAGAGCAUGUUGCGGAGUCACCGGAGCUCCUUAUAAUUUUGACGGAAGUCGGAUGUGUGGAAGUCCAGGAGUUACGGUUUGUUCCGAUCCUUCUCGACACAUCCAUUGGGAUGGAGUCCAUCUCACACAAGCAGCUUACAGGCACAUGGCAAGUUGGCUCAUUAAUGAUUUCCGUUCAGCUAAAGUCCAAUGUUAA